AGCAACUCCAGACAACGAACCUUGCGCAUAAAUCACCUGCAACGCCCGCCUCUCCGACCAAGAUGUCAGAUAGCUCUCGAACAAUUCCACAUAAACCGUAUCUCUUUUACAAUUCGUCCUUUUUCUACGUCUACUCGUAAACCGCCGAGCCGAACACGAAGGGGUCCAUCUCGACGAUGCCGACCAUGCCAUAUACUCGGGGUACAGAAACAGCUCUGCUGAAAUGGGUGAACACAUUCCCCCUCGACUCCAAGGUCGAGUCCCUAGCAGAGCUGAGCGAUGGUCUUGCCUUGGGUGCGAUGCUGGAGGAUAUCGAUUCCCACUACUCCAUAAAUGAUCUUGAGAGACAUUCCAGUCCUUCUAAAUGGCUGAGUAAGAAGAGGUGCCUCGAGGCCGUUUACAGAUCACUACUUCGAUAUAUCCGCAACCACACCCUAGACCUCAAUUAUCUUACACUCGAAACCACAAUAGAUUUUGAUAUCAUUGCAGAGCACGAUGAUGUUCAGGAAACGAUGAAGCUCCUCACGAUUUUUUUGAUGGCGGCAGUCAAUGGCCCUACGAAGGAGAAAUACAUCGGCAACAUCAUGAAUCAACUCGAUGAGUCCGCGCAGCUCCAGAUUAUGGAUCUUAUACAGAAGCUCGGAAAGCUUGAAGAAGUACACGCAAGCUCCAAUUCUACUGAUUCAGCUCUCCCCCAGAAACUGACCAACGAUCUCCAACUCGCAUUUGAAGAAGAACAUGCGACUUUACUCCACGAGCAUGAAGCUUUGAAGAAAAAGCAUGCUGACUUUAUCACUCGGUUUGAACAUCUGCAAGCCAAAAAUGAUGAUUUACACGACCAGAAUGAUAGGAUAGAGGAGCAGUUGCGGUCCCUUCAGGAGUCAAACAGUGGAGAUCAGGCUGAAUAUAUAAAGGCCUUGCGAAAGCAAAUCGAAGAGAGAGACGAGCUUAUUGCAACGCAUGAACAGGAAGCGGAAGCCAGUCGAAUAACGAAGGAGAAGCAGAGCAGAGAACUUGCUUCCCUGAGGCCCACUGCCCAGCGACUUCUGGAGCUCGAGGAUGAGGUUAAGGUGCUAAAGACUGAAAACGCUUCUCUAACCAAGAAGGCAAACAUGGUGGAUCAUUUUCAGAAGAAACUCGAAUUGCAGAGUGGUAUCGAGAGAGAGAACGCUAACUUGCGAGAAAAAAUUGAUAUUCUCCAGGGAAAUCAAAAAGACUUUGACAAGGUUUAUGCAGAGAACGAUGCCCUGAAGACGACAAUUGGCGAAUACAAGAAAAGGUUUCAGGCUUAUGAAGCUGAAGUCAUGACAUUAACAACCCAGAAAGCAACUCUUCAGGCAGAGCAUCGCUUCUCUUUGGAGAGAAUCGAAGCGCUCACUGCAAGCAAGCAGCAUGAUGAGGAAUUUAUAAGGGGCCUACAGGAGCAAAUUAACAGUGGCGACCAGCAUCAGUCUUCCCCCAAAUCACCAGGCAGAUCAGGCGGUCUGACCUUAGAAGAAGAGCUGGAACAAAGCGAUGAUCCAACCCCUAACUAUCUGCUAGAAAUAUCCAGGCUGAAAGCUGAGAAUCAACUUCUCAAGAGCAACACUGCUGGAACCUCCAACGCUACGCUUCGAAUCGAUCUUGAAGAGUCCGAAAGAAUUCGUAAGAGGCUUGAGGAGAAUCUCCAAGAACUCACUGAGCAGCAUGCUCUUGCGCAAGAGCAAUUACAAGCAGUCAUCAGUACCUCUUCACCCGAAAAGGACGAUGCCGUUUUACAUACUAGAAAACUAUAUCUUGAAGCCAACCGAGAACUUUCGUCAACCAAGAGCAAGCUGGCCGAGCUCGAGGCUGCCCUUUCAAGUCGGGAUCGAGAACUACUUACCACGAAAGCAGACCUUGCCGCUGUUGAUCGAGACGAGAUUGAAGCGUUAGAUGAUCUCAAAGCGACCAAUCAGAUCAUCACUUCAUCACUUCAAAAUGAUUUGAUGGUUCUUGAGAGCAAAUACAAAAACAUAAAAACUGAUUACGAGCAGCAGAAAUCGCAUCUAGUCGAAGCCCUCCUGGCGAAGGAUAAACUUCGGCAGGAGCUUGCUGGCAUGAAAGAAGGAAGAAACUCGGUCGGUGAGAAUGACGCUCCCGCAGCAGGAGCCCAUACCACGGAUGAACAGACGAAUACGGAACUACAAACAUUGAAAGAGGUAAGCAAUGAAGCUGUCCCUCUAAAUGCGCAGCUUUCUUUUGAAAGCCCCGCAUUGUUGCAUCUUCCCUCUCAUCUUUGUCUCGAUCCGUAUACCUCCAAGUCCGAGCAACUCGACAACAUUGCCCAAAUAGAUGAGGCUGCUCUACUUAUACUUGAGCGCGAGGCAAUUGGCGCCCUUCAGAACUCAAAAACGGAUGACACCCAGAUCGCUGUUCAUAUCUCUCUUCCUAUGUCUCCAUCAAAGCCCAGCCCGGUUCGGAAACAAAUUUUCCGUGCGAGGAAAUGGACUAAUGAUGAAUGGGUAAAUUCCACGACGGUGACUGACGAUACUCGCAGCAAACCGAGAAACAAGAAAGGGUCAUCCAAGACCUACAGCAACGGCUCAAAAUGGCCGAGGAAGGCGGUGUAGAUGCGCAGAAGGUACCGUGUCAAGUUUUCCUUGUUAUUACUAAUUCCGUCGAUUUUCUAAAUAUUAUGAACGUCUCUAUU